CUCCGAGAGCUGACAAGCAUAGGCAAAGCUCAGUGUAGAGGCAGAUCGCACCUUCUCACACUGACAAACUACGGGGAGAAAGAUAUAUAUAAUAGCUAUAUGUUGACAGCGUUGUAGAUUCUUUUCAAAUGCUCUACAUUUGCCAGAGAAGACUUGGAAAGUGACAUUUUUGUGGCGUUAAACUUCAGUAUUUCCUCAGUCUAAAAUGUGUUAACCCAUCGGGUUUUCAGGGGGAUCCGCAUAAGCAGCCGUCUCUCCCAUUCCUCGCAUUCUCCAGACUCCAAUGCAGUGAUUCUUGUAUCAAAAUAAAAGACGGAAAAAUUCGAUGAGGAAGUCCACGCAAAGCUUCAUCCGUUGGGCUGACCGAACAAGGGAUCACGAAAUGUUAUUUUUAUCCAGAUUGCUGAUGGAUAGGAGCAAACGGAUGUGAUUAGGAGAUUUGUGUGGAAGGGAGGCCCCUCUAGGGGCUGUGUCUGACAGCUGUUGUAGUUUCCAGCGACAGGCAACAGACAAGACAAUGCCUGCGUUUUGCAGUAGUGCUUCUUAAUGCAAUUAAAAUCCAGGGUAAUUAUACCUGGCAGUUGAGGAGAUGAUGGAUAUACAGUAUAUUAUCAAAGUCCCUCUGUAGCACACCUGGAUAGGCAUCUUCUUUCUUGAAAGGACAAUCAGACCCAUCAAUAUUUAUAGAAUUGAAUUCCAAAAAGGCUUUCAUAACAGUACAAAUCAGCCUUGGAGACUAGUUAAACUACAUGGUGAAAAAUGACAUUAGACUAUGUAAAGGUAAAUGUUGCCAUGUUGAUAUUCUUCUAGAACUGGCAAUCUAGAUCUUUCUUAGAAUUAUUUUGUAACGGCAUCCUUUGCUGAAAAAAAAAGCACAAAGGUUUCAAACAUGAGCUUUUCAAUUCGGAGCGGUGCUCAUUUGAUCUGGAUAGGUCUGCUGGGCUGCUGUCUGGUAGAUAUUGGGGCUAGUAUGGAAUUCACUGGGGCGGAGGGCCAGUGGGCCAGAUUCCCCAUGUGGAAUGCCUGCUGCGAGAGCGAAAUGAGUUUCAAUAUGAAAACCAAGAGCUCGCACGGACUUCUCAUGUAUUUCGAUGAUGAAGGAUUCUGCGACUUUUUGGAACUCCUCAUCCACAACGGGAGGCUAAACCUGCGCUUCUCCAUCUUCUGUGCCGAGCCGGCCUCUGUGCUCUCCGACACAGCGGUCAACGACAGCCGCUGGCACGCUAUAACCGUGCGCAGGAACUUCAAAAACACCACGCUGGUAGUGGACCAGGAGGUAAAGAUGGUGGAGGUGAAGUCUAAAAGAAGGGACAUGACUGUGUUCAGUAAUCUAUUCCUAGGAGGUAUACCCCCUGAACUGCGCUCCGUGGCACUGCGGCUUACCUCUGCAGCCAUCAAAGACGUGGUGCCAUUCAAAGGCUGGAUAACCAAUCUGAAAGUGAACGGCUCUGAGCCCGUGCUCAUUGCUAGCGAGGGCGUUAACAGCGGCAUUUGUGGAGCUGACCACGUUUGCCAGAACGGAGGAGUCUGCAGCAUUGUCAACGAGGAGGCCAUUUGUGACUGUUCAGACACCGGAUAUGAAGGGAAAGAUUGCAGUGAAGAUGUCUAUGUGGCAGGUCUUGCGCACCUGAUGAUGGCCGACCAAGGUAAAAGUAAAGUGAAAGAGGAAUACGUUGCCACUUUCAAGGGCUCCGAGUACUUCUGCUACGACCUGUCCCCCAACCCCAUUCAGAGCAGCAGCGACGAGAUCACCCUCUCCUUCAAGACGCUGCAGCGCAACGGGCUCAUGCUGCACACGGGCAAGUCGGCCGACUACGUCAACCUGGCACUGAAGAACGGGGCCGUCUCACUGGUCAUCAACCUGGGCUCCGGGGCCUUCGAGGCCCUGGUGGAGCCUGUCAACGGCAAAUUUAAUGACAAUGCCUGGCACGAUGUCAAGGUUACACGGAAUCUCCGACAGCAUUCAGGCAUUGGACACGCUAUGGUAACAAUAUCCGUGGAUGGAAUUCUGACCACCACUGGAUAUACACAAGAGGACUACACCAUGCUAGGCUCUGACGACUUUUUCUAUGUCGGAGGAAGCCCCAGUACAGCCGAUCUCCCUGGAUCCCCCGUUAGCAACAACUUUAUGGGCUGCCUGAAGGAGGUUGUGUACAAGAACAACGACGUGCGUCUGGAGCUCUCGCGGCUGGCCAAGCAGGGCGACCCCAAGAUGAAGGUGAGUGGCACGGUGGCCUUCAAGUGUGAGAGCGUGGCCACGCUGGACCCCGUCACCUUCGAGACGCCCGAGUCCUUCGUGACCCUCAACAAGUGGACGGCCAAGAAGGCCGGCUCCAUCUCCUUCGACUUCCGCACCACGGAGCCCAACGGCCUGAUCCUGUUCAGCCACGGCAAGCCCAAGCAGCAGCAGCAGCAGAAAGACUCCAAGAGCCCCAUCACGCUCAAGGUGGACUUCUUUGCCAUCGAGAUGCUGGACGGACACCUCUACCUGCUGCUGGACAUGGGCUCGGGCACCACCAAGACCCUUGCCAUGAACAGGAAAGCUAACGACGGAGAGUGGUACCACGUGGACUUCCAGCGGGACGGAAGAUCAGGUACCAUCUCGGUGAACUCCGUGCGCACUGCCUACACGGCUCCUGGCGAGAGUGAGAUUCUGGACCUGGACGAUGUGCUCUACCUGGGGGGUCUGCCCGAGGACCGGGCGGGGCUGGUCUUCCCCACCGAGGUGUGGACGGCGCUGCUCAACUACGGCUACGUGGGCUGCAUCCGUGACCUCUUCAUGGACGGCCAGAGCAAGGACAUCCGGCGCAUGGCCGAGGUGCAGCACGCCGUGGGGGUCAAGCCGUCCUGCUCCAAAGAGCAGCCCAAGCAGUGCCUCAGCAACCCCUGCCUGAACAGCGGGAUCUGCCGUGAGGGCUGGAACCGCUACGUGUGUGACUGCACGGGCACCGGCUAUCUGGGCCGCUCCUGUGAGAGAGACGCCACCAUCCUGAGCUACGACGGCAGCAAGUUCAUGAAGAUCCAGCUGCCGAUGGUGAUGCACACGGAGGCGGAGGACGUGUCCCUGCGUUUCCGCUCGCAGCGCGCCUACGGCCUGCUCAUGGCCACCACCUCACGCAACUCGGCCGACACGCUCCGCCUCGAGCUGGACGGCGGCCGCGUCCGGCUCACCGUCAACCUAGACUGUGAGAGGAUAAACUGUACCACCAGUAAAGGUCCAGAGACCGUGUUUGCGGGUCAGAACCUGAAUGAUAACGAGUGGCACACGGUGCGUGUGGCGCGCCGAGGGAAGACCCUGAAGCUGUCCGUGGAUGACCAGCAGCCCUCGGAAGGUCCAAUGACAGGUGACCACACGCAGCUCGAGUUCCACAACGUCGAGACGGGCAUCCUGACCGAGAAGAGACACAUGCCCGCCGUGCCCUCCAACUUCAUCGGGCACCUGCAGGGCCUCACCUUCAACGGCAUGCCCUACAUCGACCUGUGCAAGAACGGGGACAUCGACUACUGCGAGCUCAACGCCAUGAUUGGCUACAGGAACAUUGUGGCUGACCCGGUCACCUUCAAGUCUCGCUCCAGCUAUGUGACCCUGCCCACACUCCAGGCCUACUACUUCAUGCACCUCUUUUUCCAGUUCAAGACCACCUCCCCCGAUGGGCUCAUCCUCUUCAAUCGCGGCGAUGGGAAUGAUUUCAUCGUGGUGGAGCUGGUCAAAGGGUACCUGCAUUAUGUGUCCGAUUUGGGCAACGGAGCUCAUUUGAUCAAGGGUAACUCCAACACACCCCUCAACGACAACCACUGGCACAAUGUCAUCAUUUCACGAGACAAAAACAACCUCCACACUGUCAAGAUUGACACCAAGAUCACCACUCAGACUACCACAGGUGCCAAGAACCUGGAUCUGAAAGGUGACCUUUACAUUGGAGGCAUAGGCAAGGACAUGUACAAGGACCUGCCCAAGCUGGUGCACUCCAAAGAGGGCUUCCAGGGCUGCCUGGCGUCUGUGGACCUCAACGGCCGGUUACCGGACCUUCUAGCCGACGCCCUGGCCACCAUGGGCCAGGUGGAGCGAGGCUGUGAAGGUGAGCAAACCUUUCAAGGCCCCAGCACCACCUGCCAGGAGGACUCCUGCUCCAAUCAGGGCGUGUGUCUUCAGCUGUGGGAGGGCUUCAGCUGCGACUGCACCAUGACGUCAUUCGGAGGGCCUCUCUGCAAUGACCCGGGGACCACCUACAUCUUCGGGAGGGACGGCGGGAUAAUCGUGUACACGUGGCCGCCCAACGACAGGCCGAGCACGCGGGCGGACAGGCUGGCCCUGGGCUUCAGCACCCAGCAGAAGGACGCCGUGCUGGUGAGAGUGGACAGCUCUAGCGGCCUCGGAGACUACCUGCAGCUCCAGAUCGAGAAGGGCAAUGUCCGAGUGGUGUUUAAUGUGGGCACACAUGACAUUAACAUUGAGGAGCCUUCAAAGUUUGUAAAUGAUGGGAAGUACCACAUAGUUCGCUUUACGCGGAGUGGUGGCAACGCCACCCUACAGGUGGACGACCUGCCCGUGAUAGAGCGCUACCCCACAGGCAACAUUGAUAACGAGCGACUGGCGAUUGCUAGACAGCGAAUCCCAUAUCGGCUCGGUCGAGUAGUUGACGAAUGGCUACUCGACAAAGGUCGGCAGCUGACCAUCUUCAACAGCCAGUCCACCAUCAAGAUCGGCGGCUGGGAGCAGGGCAGUCGGCCCUUCCAGGGCCAGCUCUCUGGCCUCUACUACAACGGCCUGAAGGUGCUGAACAUGGCGGCGGAGGGCGACUCCAACGUGCGCGUGGACGGCAGCGCCAGGCUGGUGGGCGACAUGCCCUCCUCCUCCAUCACACCCCAGUCCAGCGCCUCGGCCUCGGGCAACCGCUCGCACACGCCCUCCCUGUCCGACAUCACCACCACCACCGCGUCCAACCGGCAGGGCAAGCAGACCCCCACGCCACAGGAUGACAUUCUGGUAGCAUCCGCAGAAUGCCCAAGUGAUGAUGAGGACAUCGACCCUUGCGACCCAAGUUCAGGUGGGUUAGCCCAUCCCCCACUGCCCGAGAGCAAGGGCUUCCCUGGCCCCUCCGAGGUGAUCCGCGAGUCCAGCAGCACCACGGGCAUGGUGGUGGGCAUCGUUGCCGCGGCCGCCCUCUGCAUCCUCAUCCUCCUCUACGCCAUGUACAAGUACCGCAACCGCGACGAGGGCUCCUACCACGUGGACGAGAGCCGCAACUACAUCAGCAACUCGGCCACGCAGAGCAACGGCACCACCGUCAAGGAGAAGCCCAUCGGCGUGGCCAAGAUCUCCAGCAAGAACAAGAAGAACAAGGACAAGGAGUACUAUGUCUGAUCCAUGCUCAUCUCCCCCCCCCCCCACCCCACCCUACCCAGCUCCACCCCCCCAUCCUCAGACAUACUCAUGGUCACGUGCCAGAGGGAGGGGCUGUUUGUGUACAGUUAUAAAUGAACAGAGAGAAAAAAAAAUACUACUACUGUCUUAGUGUUAUCUAAGACGUCAUAUACUGUCAGUGAUGAUACAGAGCUUUUGUGCUCUCCAGCACACAAGAGAACGGUGCGUGAAAAAAAAGACACUUAGAGAAGACUCUGGGGUGGACACUGGCGUAAGGAACAGUCCGACACAUGUGAACCCGAAAAAGUGCGGGACGCCUCGGUCACCCCUGCCCCCCCUCGGGGGUGUCGGCAGCGCCACGCCACAGAACUCGUCAUGUUUCUAAUGUGAGCCCAAACUGUGUUUGUGUUGCUGGGAACAUUUGCCCCCUUCUACAGCAAGAGAAAUCAUACCUGAUGAAAUCCUGAGAAAAAAUUAUACAGCAAGGACCAGUUAGGGCAUCCUGAGAGACUUGCAUACAUAGAGACACAAGAAGCUACCUAUGAUUGUGAAAUCAGCCAAAGUAUUCGCCCCCCCCCCCUUUUUUUCUAGUGGCUGUCUUGUCCAGCUGGUGGGAGAGGAGAGGAGAGGAGAGGAGGAGGAGGAGAGAGGAGAGGAGAGAACAGAGACUGCUAAACUGAACGUUCAUGCCUUCCACCCAAAGAGGAGGGAAGGAGGCCUUACAAUCUGGGGUGUCAAAGCUGCAGUUGGCUUCAGUGUUGUUGCUGUCAUGAUUGCCACAAGCACAGAUGAUGGUAAGAAGCAGGAAAUUGAAGGAAACCAGAGGGACAGUGUGACAAGAACUUCAUGCACGUGAAAUAUCUUAUUACAUAUGUUUAUAUACGGUGCAAAGACUAUCUAUGUGUGCUCUCUGGACUGUGGCUGAAGUGGUGUUUUAUAGCCUGUUAAUAUAGAUGAUGCAAACUACAGUAUACCUGCUCUUCAAACCAUUUUUGUAAAAACAAGUGGGAAAACAAUUAAAAACAGAAAACUAAAUGUCAAUGUGUUGCUAUAGCGAUAGAUAGUUUAUGCCAUUAGCUGUGAGGAUUUUGAUUUACAGUAUUAUAUUUUUCCUCCAAUCUGUGCAUCUCGUAGGCCUUUCUACAUUUCAACCUGUUUCUUUCAUAACAUUUGUUUCUGCAUUGCCCCAAAUUAAAGAUGCUCAUUUGGUCUGGGGGUGGGGGGGGGGGUUCAUAAAGCUGGAAAUGUGUUGAAACAGAGCAAUAUUCAUUUACCUAAACAAAGUGACCAAUCCAAUUGUGCAUGGUGAUUCCAAUUUGGUUAUUUCGACAGAAACUGCAUUUAAUGGGGGAAAGGUGUAAUGUGAGCCUCUGAAUUGUGAUUAAAAAUGUGAAAGGUCAAGAGAAGUAUUUGUUUUGUCAUGCCUUCUGAAAGACAUGUGACAUGACCAAUAAACAUUUAGCCUUUUCAUUUGUUUUGUUUUUUUUUCUUUUGUGUGUGUGUUUUUUAUUUGUGUACAAAUUUUCUAAGCCUUUUUGUUUUUAUUGUGACAAUUCUUUGAUGACCUCAAAGUGAAAAAUUUAUUAUGAAAAUAGUUUUCAAAAAUCAAAUGAAUAAAAUAAAAUAUGAAGUCUA